CGUCGACCCAACUCACUUGUUCAUUUGACUCCUCUUGCAACAACCAACGUACAACCAUGGUCCGUGUCCUUGCCCUCGCUUCCAUCGCCACAGCCUUGGCCUCGGCUACGCCCAGCCUCAACGUCCACCAAUUUCGGAUUUCCGACUUUUUAGACGAGGUGGACCCCGUGUCGCUUGAAACCACCGAAGCGGCAGUGGACCAAGAGCUUUGGUUUUCCAACCAAAAGCUAGACCACGCGAACCCGUCCAACUCGAACGUGUGGAACCAGCGGUACUUUGUCAACUCGACGUUUUACGGGGGCCCGGGAUCGCCCGUGUUCCUCACGAUCGAAGGCGAGUGGACGGCGUCGCUAUCCACAGUCACGAGCGGCGGGUACUACUUUAACGCGCUUGCCAAGAAACACAAGGCGUUGAUUGUGAGCUUGGAGCAUCGGUUCUACGGCAAAUCGCAGCCGUUUGCCAACUUGAGCACGGCCAACUUGAAAUACUUGAGCGCGGACCAAGCGCUGGCCGACAUUGCAAACUUUCAAGACUUUUUCUCCAAGUCUCAAAACAUCACGGCUGACUCCAAGUGGGUUGCGGUGGGCGCGAGUUAUGCGGGCAUGCUGUCCACGUGGCUCAAACUCAAGUACCCGACUCGGUUUGCCGGUACGUGGGCGAGCUCGGCGCCGAUUUUGGCCAAGGAAGACUACUUUGAGUACAGCGACCACGUGUCCGAGGGCUUGCGAUACUUUGGGGGCGAUCAGUGUGUGAACAGAAUUACGGCGGCCACCACGGAGCUCCAUCGCCUCGUCGCCAGCUCCAAGCCCGACGACGUAGCGUCGCUCAACAAGCUGUUCAAGCCGUGCUAUGAAUUUACGUCCAACGACGACCGGGGGGUGUUUGAAGGCCAAAUCUACGGCGCGUUCCAAGGCCCUGCCCAGGCCAACGACUACGCCAAGAAAAACUUGGAUUUCGUGUGCAAGGCGUUUGCCAACACGACUGUGUCGCCCAUCGAAGCGCUGUCGGCGUACAUUGGCAACAACGUCCCCGACAAGUGCACGUACAACAGCCUGCAAGGGUACAUCCAGUACUACCAGAACGUGGUGAUCGCGCCCGUGGACACAGGGGCUCGCCAGUGGUUUUACCAAACGUGCAGCGAAUUCGGGUUUGGCCAAACCACGUCCACGAGCAGCGGCGCGUUUUCCCCGCUCCAGUUUGGCACGGUGGAUGUCGUCCAGCGCAAGCUGUGCGCCGCCGUGUUCAACAUCACCGACACCGCGGCCCGUGUAGCCCGCACCAACGCCAAAUACGGCGGGUUGAAGGUCGACGUGCCCAAUGUCGUGUCGGUCACAGGUACCAUCGAUCCGUGGGACGCGCUGGCCCUGACCAACGCUACCGGCGCCGUCAAUGCCAAGACGGACGUGGUCGAAAUCCUCGCCACGUCGCACUGCCGCGACUACUACACCCCUCGCGCCACCGACAGCGGCCAUUUGGUGUGGGCCCAUCAACGCAUUGACCAGGCCAUCGAUCGCUACGUGAACGGUCACGCGAGCUGCUAAGCAAGUAGAGUGGAUGUGUGACGUGGUGACACCAAUAUAUAUAGACUUCUCGUUGGUGAAUGAAUAGUACUACCGG